AUGAAAGUUGAUCCAAUUGUCACUGCUUGUACAUCCUUAAUCUUUGCUAUUUCUAUCACUAGAAGGUUUCACUUGUGUGAAGCACAAGGUUUUAGCAUUGCCCUCUUGCAUAGAGACUUCUUACAAUUUCCUUCCCUCGUUUCUUCCUCGACGUCUUCGGAACGAGUAAUCAAUUCUUUGCGACGGUCCUUCAAUCGUGUCAAUGCUCUAACACAAGAUCAUGUGCUAUGGUUGGCCUCGACUGCUGUUUUUGCAGAUAACGGAGAAUAUCUCAUGAAAUUCUCAAUUGGCACGCCGCCAGUUGAAACUCUAGCUAUUGCUGAUACAGGCAGCGAUCUCACUUGGAUAAGAUGCAAACCUCCUAUUAGCCUAGGCUUUCACCAAAAAGCAUCACUUUUUGAACCCACUCAUUCUUCCACGUACAAACCUAUUUCUUGUACUUCUAGUCCAUGCAAUUCUCUCCUUGGCAGCGCUUUCUGCGACGGUUUUAAAGGCAUUUGUCGCUAUACGGCAGAAUACGGCGACGGAUCAUUUAGUAAUGGUGAUCUUGCUACAGAAUCUAUGAAACUAGGAACCGUGACAAUUCCCAAUGUGACAAUUGGAUGUGGAUACCAUGACGAGAGUAGCUUUGGUGCUAGUGCAUCGGGCAUCGUCGGUCUCGGGGGUGGCAAAGCGUCUCUAAUUACAAAAAUGGACCCUUUAAUUCGAGGCAAAUUUUCAUAUUGCCUGGUACCACACCUCAGUGAAACAUCAAAGUCAAGUAAAAUGAGUUUUGGCGAUCACGCUGUAGUUUCAGGCCACAACGUGGUUACAACACCGAUCAUCUCUAAAACUCCUAACACUUUCUACUUUCUGACAUUGGAAGCAAUUACCGUCGGCAACAAGAGAAUUGACCUUUAUAGCCCUUCAACAUUUUCACAAUCGAAUGAUUCCGAGCCACUUGGAGAGGGCAACAUCAUCAUAGACUCAGGGACAACAUUGACAUUUCUCCCAAGGGAGUUGUACAACAAAGUUAUAGCAGAAGUGAAAAGUCAAAUGAAGUUGAGAGAGAUUGAUGAUCCACAAGGGCUCUUGAGUUUGUGCUAUCUUUCCAUAGAAAAUGCAGCACAAGUGCCAGAAAUCACAGUGCAUUUCAAAGGGGCAGAUUUGAAGUUGAAGUAUGUAAAUAUGUUUGUUAAAACUAGCAAAAGUGCUCUUUGCCUUGCUUUUGCACCAGCCACUAGUGUGGCAAUUUAUGGUAAUUUGGCACAAAUGGAUUUCUUGGUGGGGUAUGACUUGGAGAAGAGGACUGUGUCCUUUAAGCCAACUGAUUGCAGCAAAACAUGA